AUGGCCGGAGCAGCGCUCUCCUGCAUUGCCACUGCCAUACUGAAAAGCCUCACCACCGAAAUUGCGAAACCUGUAGGCACCUUCGCUUCUCAGAAGGUCCAGUCGCUCUUGCGUGUCAAGGACGACCUCCGAAGCCUUAAGGGCACCGUCGAGACCAUCCAAGCGGUGCUUUUGGAUGCCGAGAAGAAGCAAUGGCACAACAACCAGGUCAAGCACUGGCUCGGGAGGCUCAAGGACGUGCUGUACGACCUACAGGACUUGCUCGACGACGUCGCGACCGAAGAUCUGAGGCGGAAGGUCACUCUCGGCAACAAGAUGUCGAAAGCGGUACGCGUUUUCUUCUCUAAAUCGAAUCAGCUCGAACAUCGCCUCAGAGUGGCCAAUAAGAUUCAGGAACUUAGGAAGACACUGGAUGAGAUUGAAAAAGAUAGUAAGUUAUUAAAUUUAGAGCGGCAUCCGGAGGAAACAGUGGCCAUCGGGAGAGGAAAGAAACCUGAACAUCCCUCGCCUGAUGAAAAAAUAAUCGGUAGGGAAGAGGACAAAAUGAAGAUCAAGCAACUCUUGUUGAGUUCCUCCUCUAACAAGAGCGUGUCAUUUGUAGCCAUCGUUGGUAAAGGUGGUCUUGGGAAAACUGCACUUGCACGACUAGUGUACAACGAUGGGGAGGUAAAAGAACAUUUUGGGCUUAAGAUGUGGGUGUGUGUAUCUGAUGUCUUUGAUGUCAAUUCGAUUAUCAAAGAGAUACUUAAAAAAGCAAAUGUCGACUGUCAAGGCCAUGACGAUGAAGACUUGCCAAGUCUUCUUCGCGAGACUCUACGGGGGGAGAAAUACUUGCUUGUUUUGGAUGAUUUGUGGAAUGAAGACCGGAAUAAAUGGUUGAAGCUUGGAGAUUGGCUAGAGGGUGGUUUACGGGGAAGCAAGGUACUUUUAACCACUCGUAGCCACAGAGUAGCAGAGGUGACGGAUGCGAGAUCAGUUAUCCAUGUUCUACGUGGCUUAUCUGAAGAUAAGCCGUGGAACCUAUUCAAGAAAAUGGCUUUUGGAGAUGGGGCAGAAUCAUCAGACCCGGGACUGGAGGAGAUAGGUCGAGAUAUAGUUAAGAAAUGCGCUGGGGUUCCCCUUGCCAUUAGGACUGUGGGAGGCCUGUUGUACGGCAAAACGAAAGAUGAAUGGCUCCGCUACAAGGUGCGUGAACUUCCAGAAAUACAAGAAAUCGAUGAGGCUGAUGAUGGAAUUAUGCAAGUCCUCAAGUUCAGUUACGAUCAUCUCCGGUCAAGCUUGAAACAUUGUUUUGCAUACUGCUCAUUGUUUCCGAAAGAUUAUGUCUAUAGUAAAGAGAUGGUGAUACAUCUUUGGGUGGCACAAGGCUUUAUUGAGUCACCCAACGGGGAGGAUAACCUUGAAGAGGUUGCAGACAUGUACUUGUCGGAACUGCUGUGUAGGUCAUUCCUCGAUGUUCAUGUCAAAUUCAAGGAUGGCGAGGUCUGGACUUUCAAGAUGCAUGAUCUCAUGCACGAUCUUGCCCAAAAAGUUGCUGGAGGUGAAUGCAAGAUUGUUAAUUUUAAAGGAGGACAUAAUGAGAGAGGAAUUCGACAUGCUUUAUUUACUUCAGAAUUUUUCUCUGAAGAGAAAAUGAUGUCUCUGCUCGAUCUACACAAAUUGCAGACAUUAAUCUUCUUGGGAGAUCCAUCGCAUGUACUCAACUUCGACAGAGUUUUUUCUGAGGGCAAACAUUGUCGAGUGUUGCAUUUAGACUAUGUAAAUAUUCGUCUCCCUCCUUCCUCCUUUGAAAAGUUGAAGCACUUAAGGUAUCUUCGUAUUGGUAAAAACGAAUCUAUUCAGAGUUUGCCGGAUUCAAUCACGGAUUUGGUGAAUUUGCAGUUCCUUGAACUCUUUGAUUGUAGGUGCCUUAAAACAUUUCCAAGAGAUUUGAGGAAAUUGAUCAACCUUCAAUACUUGCGUAUUUGGGCUUGUGCGUCAGUGAGCCACCUACCAUCCUUGAGUGAACUCCCUUCCCUAAGGACGUUGAUUCUCUUUGACUUGCAUGGCUUGGAGUUCGUUCAACAGACAAGUGACGUGGGGCAAUCUAAGACUGCACGCACCUUCUUCCCAUCUCUUGAGAGAUUGGAACUAAAGCGAUGCACCAAACUGAAGGGAUGGUGGGGAAGUAGGGAACUAAUGACAGCACAUCAAAAGCAUCACCGGUCAUCCUUCCCAAAACUUCGGUCCGUGAAAAUAUGGCACUGUCCCCACUUGAACUUCGUGCCACCAUUCCCUCAGGUGGAAUGCUUGGACAUAGAUGACGCGAAAAUGUUGGAAAUAAAGCCCGAUCCAAAUUGCCCGUCGAAGCCGCGAGUGGGAUCCACAUUCACCCCUUUCUCUAAACUAAUGCGUCUAUAUCUUCACGGAGAUGAUCCGGAGUCCCGGAUGCUCGAGACUCUACUCCGAUCGGCCAAUAAUCUCGAGCUCAUGAGCCUCACAUAUUGCGACAUAAGGAGCUUCUCUCGUGGCAUGCGCCACCUUUCCUCGCUCCGGGAACUCCACGUUGAUACUUGUGAAGGACUCGAUUUAUUGUGCGAAGAAGACCAGCAUGACACCCAAUGGCCAUUCCUCACGAACCUACGCGUUCUUAAGAUCACCGAUUUGAUGCAAUUACCUGAGGGGAUUCGACAUGUCAAGACUACGCAAUCUCUCAAGAUUCGUCGAUAUCGGGGAUCGAGUUUGCAGGAAUGGAUUGGAAAUCUCUCUCUGCUCGAAAAGCUUGUAUUAAUUGGCUGUCGAAAGUUAGAGCAUUUGCCAUUUGAGAUGCCCAACCUCACACACUUGAAGGAAUUGAGAAUCAUUCGUUGUCCCAUUACGAAAAAAAAUCGCCACGAGGAACGGCCACAGCUUGCCCACAUUCCAGUCAUUUUUUCGGAGGAUGAAGUGGAUGAAUCCGACUAUGAAUCCGACUAUGAAUCCGAAUAUUAG